AUGUCCUCUAUCUUCUCUCUCAAGCGAGUCACUUCUCCAAAUCCCUGGACAAGCAAUGGCUCCAUGGCAACACAGACGGCGAGUCAGGCUGUAAGUCACUUCCCCAAAUCCCUGGACAAGCAACAGCUCCAUGGCAACAUAGAUGGCGAGUCAGGCGGCAAGUCACUUCUCCAAAUCCCUGGACAGGCAGCAGAUACCAGCACUCAGUCCUCAGUGCUACAUUCAGAACCAAGAAAGAAUAUGAUGGCAAGAUUCCUUGGAUUUUGA